CUUUCAUUUCUCCAUAUGUGCAGGUACGCACUGUGGCUAUACCUCUCCGGUCUUUAGAAAUGAGGAGACUCUGUGGCUCUAUUUUCGCUGUAUUAAAGCUUCAUUUCUGAUGUGGAAACCCUCAAGAAUACCCUCUGCGAAACCUAUCAAACUACCAAAGCCACUGAAGAUCAAGCUCGCAAAGCCACCACCGGAAAAGUACAUCGUGGUUACCAAUCUUUGGCUUUACCUUUCUUCUCCAAACUUCUUUACAAUGAUGGGAGGUUGGCUUCAAUGCGCUUUUGGUUCACCGCCGCUUGCUAUAUAUCACAAUGGAAAUCAGGCGGAAUAUAUCAUUGUUGAAUUCUCUUCUAAUGUAGACGUUAGGUCAAGACUAGGCGCACACCACCCAUGCGAGUUCAUCAAGGAUGUCGCAUGGUUGGAGUUUCACAAAGCCGUCAAGACCCACGCCUCUGUAAUCUAUGAGUACAAUUACCCCGUUCACAAGGAUCCAUCGAUCAAAUUCGAUAACAAACUAAAUACUUGGCCUGACCCAUUUUCCUCCCUUUCGCCCUUUAAGUGGGGUGCAGAUUAUCCACCUCCAAGGUUACCAGAUACUUUCUUGUCCGCUGUCAGCGGGUGUUGCGCCUUGCCGUUGCCAAGAGAUCUUCUAAAGACACUCGAACCUCCUUUGGACCCUCCUGCGACGCCUCACGAUCAACACUUUCGAUCCUCAGAUGCCUCCCUCCAAAGCAAUCCACAGCCUAUUCCGAAGCGGUCUGCCGACAAGCCACAUGAACAGACAAAAACUCAAAUCAAGGUCGAAGCUCCAACUCAACCAGCUAUCUGGAAAGUCGGGAAAUUAGACCCGUAUGAAGAAGAGGAAAAUGCUAAUGCACUUUUUCGCUCUACACUGGAUGCUGAAGUCAAGACUGAACCUGAUGUAGAGCAGAAAUACUUCGUGAAGGAUGUCGAUGUCAAGUCAGAAGAUGAUUUCCAGCGGGCUCGAGAGAGUAGAAGGAACGCGUCUACGUUGCAUGUCAAAGAAAAACCCAGUGAAGGUGGCAUGAUAUCUAUGGAGUUACGCUCGGCAUACGGGAAGCAUCAGUCAGUCAAGAUGGAACCCGGGCACGAUGAACGGCGUUCACAGAUUCUACAGUCGCGACGUGUCGAGGUCGACAGACACAUCAAGCCUGAACCGCGUGACGACGUUGUUCCAGGGACCGGUGCGACGGAAAUCAAGGGGGAAGAAGAUGCUGAGGAGCGGAAGUUUGUUGGCGAUAUCUCGCGGGAAAGGGUGGAACGACGGGAUCGGCCUUCCACAAGUCAUUCUCGACCUAGAAAAGUCAAAGUGGAAAAGAAAGAAGAAGAAGAAGGGUCGAGAAUUUGCGAUUCCACUCUGCAAGUCAAGUUGGAAAAUCACGAUGAUCGGCUGUGGACCAACGAGCCUCAACAUCAUGGAUCUCAUGUAAAGCACGAGCCUUCAUCGCCACGAGACUUGUCAAUCACGGUUAAGGAAGAAGAGCGGAAGGCGGACAUAAAUGGACCUUUCGAGAAGACCUCACUACCCUCAUGGAGGAUGAAAAGGGAACGAAAUGUGGUUGCAGUAUUUGGGAGUGUGUCCGAACCAUCCGAAAGCCUUCUGAUCGAGGAAUCUCACCAACCUGCCAACUCUUAUGCUCAAUCCGACAAUGCCACUUCUUCUACCCGUUGUAUGAAGCGCGAGUAUGACGACUAUUCACGCGACCGAGGAUGUAAUUCUACACAACUGUGGUCUGACAAGGACAGGGAAGACGGAACCGGGAAGAGAAGAAAGCGAGAAUUCUAAAGAAUCGUAAUAUUGUUCGCAACUUGAACCUCGUGUAUUUGUGUGCAAUUCGAAGUUGAUUUCUAUCUCUCAACGCUGCCGGUGAUGCCCUCGGACCGUCACUGAUAUGUAUGCCGAAGGUCAUGAUCCCGACACUCAUGACUCGGGGCGUCGAAUAUUACGGAAGUUGCACAAGGCCAGCGUAUCCCGUGGUAUCGCGC